AUGGAGAUCUCAACCCCCCAAGUGCUGGCGAGACUGCCUCGUCCUGCCAGGCAAGAUGCUGUCACUCGAUUUGGCACCGUGUAUGCUGUGCGCGACGGGCUGAAGAGGCGGAGGAAAGAAAUUUGCGUGGGCGUGGAUGGUAAUUCCCUUGGGCUUUAUGAGGUCCAGAACGGGACCAUUCUUGCCUCCUAUCCCGUGCCUCCUACCGCCCGUUUUGUCGGUCCUCCUUGUUCAAUUCGCGAAGAAUCACAAGCGCUUAUUCGUCGAACCACAUACUGCGCCAUAAAGCGAGACACAUUGCGGAUCGAAUCUUUCCAGACCACAGGAGAGGACACAUUUCGCGCCGCCUCUUGUGCAAGCGGAGCACUCGACGAGCAAGAGAGCCCCGUUGUACUAUUAGAAGUAGUGCUAAAUGCCAGAGGAAAAGAGCUGAUGGUGAUCCAACAAAAUGGCGACCUCGCGAUUUUGUCUGAAGAUUUGGGCACCACGUUGUGCAAAUCUUCCCUUUCUUCCAAGCGCUAUCCGAAUAUCAUGGUACUUGCCGUCCAACAUCUAACAAGUUCAGAAGCACAGAAGACAGUGUUGAAGCAAAGGGCGGAUCUGCUCAGCGAGACUUCUCCCGAGAGCACUUACUUAGCGGUUGCAUUCUGCAAAACCGAGCAAUUUGCAAACCUGAACAGUGUCUUCUACGGUGUCUGGUCAGUUGACAGUAUUGGUCGGAACAUAGACGCCAAGGGGACACCGAUUUUUCCCCUGGUUGAACAUGAACUAUCGUUGGGACGCAGCAAGUCCAAGUCAAUUUCGCCGAAGGAUCGAUCUUAUACCUUCAACCCCAAAGCUUCGAAUCUGUUUCUUCGCGCAGGCGACACAUUUUACUCGUAUGAUCUGACCGGUCUAGUUCCCUCCUUGUCUUCAGCACUACACACCGGUCUGAACUGCUCCUACGACAUCAUGGCCAUUUCAUCUGCUUUCGCCGUAUGUUCAUUCGAAGAGUCAGUCCAGCUUUACGACCUCAAAUUUCAGUCUGUGCAAGCUCAGAUUGACGCGAGGAAGGGCAAUCUCAAGCGAAAACGGAUGAGAAUGGCAGUUCAAGACCGGAGUGGCCCCGUUGAGUUUGUCGCUUAUUACCCCCUGUCUGCGCGUGUCAUUGGGCGGAGGCGACAUCAAUUGGUCGCGAUUGAUAUUUCUGCCAGUUCCUCACAACAGUUACUGCAGAUUGGGAGCAAACUUCUCCACAAUAUCGGACGUGGCAUCAGUGGCCGAGAUAUGGCACCCGGUUCUCUCGACAAGCAAUGGUCGUCGAUCGGCAUCGCAACAAUGACUCCAGGGUCUGGUGGAGAAUGGCAGCCUGUGAAACAACGUCUCGAUCACCUGGCCGAGACUGGCGACGUUGCUGGCUUUGAAAGCACCUUCGUCAACGACAUUCGCCAGGGUACCAUGCAGUCCCCAGCUCUGGCGGGGAUGAGCGAAGACUUGCCUACAGACCGUAUAGCAAUUCCGGACUUCAAGAUCAAGUACCUCUUGUCAAAGAUCUUUCAGAUACGAGCAACGCCGAACGCCCACGGCACUACACCCAUCACCGCAGAGACGCCAUUAGAGAUCCGCGUUCCAUCGUUCAAACUCAUCAUAUGGCUGUGCCGGAUGGGAUUGUUAUCCACUCGAAACGUACAAAGUGCACUCUCGAGCUCUCCUUCUGAGACGGGGUUGACGAACAUUGGUAUACACGCAGUUGCACGAGCCUUCCUUGAAGCCGAUUCAUCGUAUGGCUUGCUGGUACAGUGUCUCGAAAAUGGGUUCAGCCCAUAUGUGGAGGAGCAAGCCGCCGUGGUGCAGCUGCUUAUCCAACAAGCUCUGGCGUCGUCAUCUGAGGCAGCCAUUGCUAAAAUAGACCACCAAACAGAUCCAGUGGCAGCCGACGCUACCUUGAAUCUCGCCAGCACGCAAGUCCAAACCUUGUCGGCAUCAACAACCGACACCCCAUGGCUGCCUCCUACACUGCAGAGGGCAUUGAUUGAGGCGCUGGACAGACUCGGCGCUGCUGCAACUUCAGUCAUCUCCGUCAACUUGAAAGCUCUGCUCUCCCAGACAGACGCGCUGGCGCUCAUUCAGUUCUUACGACGGCAACUCUUUCAAGGGGGUCACACCCAGUCUUUCCAAAACGUGCCCUCGCAAACUGAGCAUGUGCCCACUGUCAAGCUCGCUGCAACUGUCAAGAUACUGUCAGGCUGUGUCGACGCCAUUGGACCUCUUGGCUUCUUUGGGGCUCUGGAUCACGAAGAUUUUAUGGGCAACAUUAUACCUGACCUGGUGACGGAGCUUACACACACCAAGCAGAGUCUGGAGGACGUAUCAGAGUUGCAAGGGAUUCUCCGCGAGACGCUGAGAUACCAGGAAUCUAUGCGGAAACAACGGGCUGCCGGUGCCCGCAUCCCUGUUUAUGGGACUGGAUUGCCUGCCUCUGACCAACACCCAGGGGCCAUCGUGACACUAUACACUGAGACUGUCGAAGGAGAAGACGAUCUGCCGCCUGGCCCAGGUCUUCCUCUGAGCUUGAAGGUUGCGAAUGUGAUCACCCCGGUAAAGAUCAGGAAAGGUGGUGGCCAACUAAGCCAUCGGACUCUCCGACAGAAAAGGAUGCUAGAGGCGAGGAACAAAGGCCGGUACUCGUUUGAGCGACUGGCUUUGUGA